AUGAGGGGAAAAACAUUGAAAUAUAUUGCUUUAGCUUUUAUUUUCGUUGUGUUAACAUUUAAGGCCUAUUCAUUGCCUCUUUCAACGAAUGGAAGAUGGAUCAUCGAUGCUUCUAGUGGUCACCGUGUGAAGCUGAUGUGUGCAAACUGGCCUUCUCACAUGCAAGCCAUGCUGGCAGAAGGUCUCCAUCGUCGGCGGCUCGGCGAUAUUGCCGCCACUGUGGCCAAGUUGAGGUUCAAUUGCGUACGUUUGACGUACUCAAUCCACAUGUUCACACGCCAUGCCAACCUGACCGUUAAAGAGUCCUUUGAAAAUUUUUAUAUGAAAGAUGCCAUGGCGGGCAUCAUCCAGAACAACCCUUCUAUGUUGAACAUGACAUUAGUUCAGGCUUAUGAAGCUGUGGUCGAUUCAGUUGGAGCACAUGGAGUCAUGGUGGUUUCCGAUAAGCAUAUUAGUCAGCCAAGAUGGUGCUGUAACGAUGAUGAUGGCAAUGGUUUCUUUGGAGAUCGCUAUUUUGAUCCUGAAGAAUGGCUACAAGGACUCAGUUUSGCUGCUCAAAGCCUAAAAAAUAAAUCCCACGUGGUAGCAAUGAGUUUGAGAAAUGAACUGCGAGGACCAAAUCAAAAUGUGGAGAAAUGGUUUGAAUACAUGAGCCAAGGAGCUAAGCUUAUUCACCAAACAAACCAAAAUGCUUUAGUAGUGGUUUCUGGGCUGGAUUUCGAUACCAAUCUCAGCUUCUUGAAAAAUAGAUCUAUGGGCUUCAACUUGGACAACAAGCUUGUUUUUUAG